UGCGGUGCCAUGACGUCAGGUCAGCUGACCCUUGCAGUUCCUCGGUGAGAAAUGUCGGUGACAACCUGCCGAAGGAUGAAGGCUUGUUUUACCUUGACGUUAGCCCUUUGCUGUCUUUUCGCAGCAGGUGUCAGUGGUGACAGCUUUACAGUCCUUCAAGCUCCAGAGUUUGUGUCAUUCCAGAAAGGUGACUGGCCAGUUUCUGGAGAAAAAGUCCCUGAUGUGGUGGCUCUGACCAUGGGCUUCUCUGUUCAAGAGGAUCUGCUAUGGCCUGGCCUCCAGGCUGGCCCAUUGUUCCAGCGUCCCCGGGCUAAUGUUUUAGUGGUGGUUAGAGGAGUCGACAGCCUUGCUUUGCCUCAGGCUGUAGCCUCUUAUCCCCUGGAAAAUCCAGUACCCUUCACACUGGACAGCGUUGCAGAGACGGUCCACUCUCUGUUUUCCGAGUACACCCCUGUAGUUCUACAACUAGCCCCAAGUGAGGAGCGUCUGUACAUGCUUGGUAAAGCUAAUGCUGUGUUUGAGGACCUCCCAGUGACCUUACAGCAGAUCCGUGCUCGCCUCUCCCAGGACGGCUCUGUACUGACCUCUCUCCCUCUUAACUCCCUGAGCAGAAAUUCAGAAGCUGAUUUGCUCUUCCUGUCCGAGGUUCAAGUUCUGCAUGAUAUCACUGCUCUGCUCCAGAGGCACAGGCAUUUGGCCAAGGACUUCUCCCCUGACCUGUAUUCUCUGGAGCUGUCUGGUUUGGAGGAGCUCAGUCGCCUUUACGGCAAAGACUCUCCUCAGUACCGCGAUGCCACAGCCAUUCUUGCUACUGUGCUCCAGAAGUUUGGAGAAGACAUGUAUCGGCUCUAUGGUAACCGGGCUGUGGUGGAGGUUGUUACUGUGAAAACCUUUGAAGCUCCUUUGACCAGAAAAUCUCGUUCAAUCCUGCAAUCGAAGCAGAUUAGUAACCCCGACAGCCCUUACAACCUGGCCUAUAAGUACAACUUUCAGUACGCUGUGGUCUUCAACAUCGUGUUGUGGCUGAUGAUCGCUCUGGCCCUCGCCGUCAUCGCCAUUUCUUACAACCUGUGGAAUAUGGACCCAGGAUAUGACAGCAUCAUCUACAGGAUGACCAAUCAGAAGAUCAGAAUGGACUGAGACGUGUUGUUGUCUCCUCCUGCUGCUUCCUUAGUGUUCUUCAGUGGAUGUUUGUGUUUGCGUGAGGUCUGGUGUAAUUAAAAAUAUCUAAUUAUCUGUGGUGGCUGAAUGAGAAGAAGAGCACAGUACUGAAUCACCUUUGAGUUUACAGCACUGAUAUCAUAAAAUGGUAAUAUGAAACGAUAACAGAGGAAGUUAUGUCAGCAUUAUCUUAGGAUCAACAUCAUCCUCUAGAAUGUGAACUGAAUACAUCUGGCCUUCCUCUUUUCACCUUCACAGCUCAAAUCAUUCCUUCCUUUAAAUGCUAAAAUCUUUUCUCCCUGAUGAUUGCACGUGUAUUUUCUUUAUUGUAAAAAUGUGUUAAGAAAUUAGAUUAGUCUGGUUUCUUUUUGUGUUUAGCUGUAUGAAAGUGUUAAAGGUUUAAGUUAAAGAGAAGUCUAUAUGUAUAUAUUGAAUAUUACAAAUACGUGAGAACCUGUGGUGGUGUUUUGUGUGCUUCGUCUCUAAAUAACAGGCUGGACUGUGUUGAAGAAAAAAAACAUGCAUCCCAUAUGUUUGCUGUUGCAAUUCUAUAAGAGGUCUGUGAACUGCAAUAAUUGCUCAAAAAUAAAUUAUUACAUGUAUCAA